AUGUUGAUCGAAGAUCAUCCCUCUGCCGCCGCCUCCUUGGAUGAGGAUGACGACGUCGAGAAGCUUCUAGAAGGCUUCGCUAAGAAGAGCCUGGUGCUCCUAGCCAAGGAAGCGGUCUCCAUGUACCCCAUUUUGAUCGAGAGCGUUCGAAAAUUGGCCGUUUUCAACCCCGCCCUUCGCAAGAUCCUUGUGUACGGCCUCGACAGGUAUACCACCGCCCAGACCCUAACCUCCGUCUUCAGGGAGUGUGGCGAGAUUGAGGACUACUAUAUGCCCUGCGGAUUCUCCUUCUGUAGGUUCUCCAUGCCCGGAGCCGGAGUCCACGCUUAUAUCCUCUUCAAGCACCGAAGCGGAGCCCUUAAUGCGCUCAAACAGCCUCGCAAGGUGAUCGAUUACUGUAGCACCUAUUGCGAACUGGAGUCCCUCAAAGACAUUACCGUCACCGGUGAGUUGCUCACUGUUCCUCCGGGGUAUUAUGAAUUAACAUCCCAAGACCAGCCACCAUCAAUCAAGGAGGAGGAGCCGGUGGAGAAGGUUCUAGAAGCCUUUGGGCGGGAGUACCUGUUGUUUUUUGUUAAGGAUGCUGUGUCCAAGUACCCGGAUUUGAACGAGACCGUUUUCAAGCUGGCCGAUUUAGACCGCAAACUCCGCCAGGUCUGGGUGACCAACGUCCGUGUGGGGACCACUGCCUGGACCCUAAAAACCUACUUUGAAAAGUACGGCGAGGUCGAAAGCAUUCUGUGCAUCCAGGAAUGCGUCGAUGAGUUAAAUAAUGGCAGCGUUAUUGUGGUCUUCAAGCAACGACAUGGGGCCCGAAAGGCGGUUAAAGGUCUCCACAAGGACACCGAAUUUGGGAUUGGUGGCUUUAUCCUCUGUUUUGAUAAUGACACAAGAGAAGAAGGUUUAACAAUUAAUUACAUUGAGAUGCAACCUUUGAAGGGUUAG